ACCCGGGAACUCUGAAACAUUCUGGACCAACCGAACUCCAGAGAAAAGCUAAGGUUUUCUUCCGGAGUACAAAAUCAAAUACAAAAAAUUCCAAUUAAAAAAAAAAACUCCACUUUGAUCAUCAAUUUCUUCCAAAACCCAUAUCCCAUAAUUCAAAAUCCUAAUCCCAUUAUGCGAUGGAAGUCCUCAAUGCAGCAGGACUAACCCCAAUCUCACUCCACAAGCCAACUUCUCCCACUGAGAGAAGAACAGAGGUCAGAAAGCUCUUCCCUUUCAAAAUCCCAAGAGGCAUCACUUCAAACUUAGCAGCAUUCUCCUCUGUUCUCUCUACCAAUGGCCUGGCCAAGGCCCUGACUUAUGAGGAAGCCCUCAACCAGUCAAUAGCCAACCCUCCUGAAUUCGCGGGCUCCUCCGAUUUCGACAUCGGGAAGAUUCUUGAUGGGAUUGUUAGUUUUGGUACAGAAAACCCUUUGGUGAUCGGCGGAGGAGCUGCGGUCUUGGCUAUUCCCUUGAUCCUUUCGAGAGUGUUGCAGAAGCCUAGGAACUGGGGGGUGGAGAGUGCUAAGAUUGCUUAUUCGAAGUUGGCGGAGGAUGUUGGUGCUCAGUUGCUUGAUAUUAGAGAGCGAAGGGAGUUUAAAGAGGUCGGGAGCCCGGAUAUUCGGAGCUUGAAGAAGAAGGCGGCGGCGGUUACAUAUAGAGGAGACGACAAGAACGGGUUCUUGAAGAAGUUGGCAUUGAAGUUUAAGGACCCGGCGGAUACCACAUUGUUCAUUCUUGACAAGUUUGACGGAAACUCUGAAUUGGUUGCGGAACUGGUUACGGCUAAUGGAUUUAAAGCGGCGUAUGCUAUAAAAGAUGGUGCUGAGGGACCUCGAGGAUGGCUGAAAAGUGGGCUUCCUUGGACCGCACCUAAGAAGUCCAUAGCUCUUGAUUUUAGUGAAAUAAAAGACGCGAUAACGGGUGCACUGGGAGGAGAUAGCUCGGACAGUUUUCCUCUUACUCUUGGACUAGCAGCAGCCACUGGCCUAGGUUUGUUUGCCUUUACAGAGAUUGAAACUGUGCUACAGCUUUUAGGUUCUGCGGCUAUUAUUCAGUUCGUCUCCAAGAAACUGUUGUUCGCGGAAGAACGCAAGGCAACUCUGCAACAAGUUGAUGAAUACUUAAAUACAAAGAUUGCUCCCAAAGACCUUGUUGAUGAGAUAAAGAUGAUUGGUAAAGCUUUACUACCAGCACCAAUUAGUGCAAAAAGCCUUCCAGCUCCGGCACAAGAAGCUUCAGAAUCUCCAGCAUCAGCUAGUCCGGUGAUGAAAGCUGAUUCUGUACCUGAAACAAAACCUGAGAUUAAAGAAGAGGCCCCAGCAGAGCCUCCUCCAGCUAUCAACUCAAUUCCCAAAUCAGAAGUCAGUGAUGAAUCACUUCCUGGUGUGUCGAGACCUCUUUCACCAUUUCCAUGUUAUCCAGAUUUUAAGCCGCCAUCUUCACCUUCUCCAGCAAAGCCUUAGAAGGUCAUUUCUCUGAGAUCCUAGAGCAUUUUACUUGCCAGAAGAUAUAUUCAAGAUGCUGAUGAACAUGGGAUUUUCGAAGUAACUGGAUAAUCUCUAUAAUUGAUGGUUACUCCAAGAAAAUUUUGAAGCUAGAGGUGGCUAAAGUUGCACACUCCUAACAUUUCUAUAUAUCGUCUAGUCUAUAUUGUUUGUUUUCCGUAUUUGUACUGGGAAUUUCCCUUAGUGGGAACUUCCCUUCUUCUGUUUAUUGAGAGGCGAGCUUAGGUUUCUGGAAUGUGGGAAUAAUAACUUGAUUUUUCUGUGAUACUUGGCUUCAGUAGUCAUGGAACAUUAGCUGCUUUAUGGGUGACAAAUUAAGUUUCUUUCUUUUACCUUUCACUAUUUUGAAAUCUUUUUAAAAACAAUUACCAAUUUAUGGAAGGGCAUAGACCCUGGAUGUAAACUC